UGCUGACAGGUAAACUGAGAGGCGGAUUGAUUCGCCUGCAAUAGGAGAUUUUGAGACAGAGACUGGCAUUAAGAGGGAGAGAGUCAUCGAGGGAGAGAGAGGAGGAUGAUGUCAUAGUUUUUAGUUUGUGCGAUAGAAGAAGCAGAUGGAUGCAGCCUUCCUCCUUUUCCUCCGCUCCUGUCUCCGUCUCCACCCUCCACAUCUGCCUCAGCAUUAGGACUCAUCGAGGACAAAGAGGGAAAAACCGCAGAAGCAGAAUCUGUUCGGGUAGCCUGUCUGCAGGCGGAGGACACAAAUCGGAAAAGCCCCUUCCUGCCGGCUGGAUGUGAGCGGAUCACAAACCAGAAGAGAAGUCCAAUAAAGACGUGAUAUGGACCAGAAUAUCAGAGCAAGCUCUGGGUCAGUCCUCUAUUUUGUCUCGAUUGUGUAUUAUGAACAGGCGGCAGUGUGAAGGAGCUAGUCCUGCCCAGAAAGGAGGAGGAGGAGGAGGAGGAGGAGAGACACACACAUAAGGGUGUCGACGGAGAGAGGCAGGGGGAAGCCUAGAGGAGAAGAGGAGGGGAGGACCGCUGGAAAAAUAAGAGAGUGAUAUUACAAGCUUCCAAUAAUGGCGGCUAAAUCGGACGGGGUCCUGAAGAUGAAGAAGAGCGACGUGGCUUUCACCCCGCUGCAGAACUCGGAGCACUCCGGCUCGGUGCAGGGGCUCCACCCGGGUGCCCAGCCCGACUCUGCGGGAACCGGGGACGGGGACUUCGCCAACGGGGAGUCACGGUGCUGCGGCGGCGGCGGGGGCUCCAACUCGACGUGCCUUCGCCCGGGCAGGGAGCAGCAGAAAUACACGGUGUGGGACUGCCUGUGGAUCGUAGCUGCGGUGGCCGUGUAUCUGGCCGACGUGGGCACCGACGUGUGGCUCUCGGUCGACUACUACCUCCGCCGCGAGUACUGGUGGUUCGGCCUGACGCUCUUCUUCGUGGUGCUGGGCUCCUUCUCGGUCCAGCUCUUCAGCUUCAGAUGGUUCGUCCACGACUUCGGCACCGAGGACAGCGCCGAAUCCGCCGCCGAUUGCGCCCACAUGGACGGGAACAAGCUGCUGAGCGGCUCGGCCUCGCACGGCGACGUUACCGCUCAACACCACCCGGCCACGCCGCAGAGACAGGCGUCGACCGCCAGCAAGAACACUACGACCAACAGCACUGCGAGCACCGCGGUGGGCGGCAGAACCGGGAAACGGUCGGCCUACUACUCCUUCUGCGUCUGGUUCGGCCAGUCCGUCAUCCACAUCCUCCAGAUGGGCCAGAUAUGGAGGUAUCUUCACACCAUCUACCUGGGCGUUCGGAGUCAUCAGAGUGCUGAGACAGAGCGCUGGCGUUACUACUGGAGGAUGGUCUAUGAGUUUGCAGAUGUGAGCAUGCUGCAUCUCCUGGCCACCUUUCUGGAGAGCGCUCCGCAACUGGUGCUGCAGCUGUGCAUCAUUAUACAGACACACAAGCUCCAGGCUGUGCAAGGUAUGACAGCUGCAGCCUCCCUUGUCUCUCUGGCCUGGGCCCUGGCCUCCUACCAGAAGGCCUUGAGACAGUCUCGGGAUGACAAGAAGCCCAUCAGCUACCUGGCUGUCAUCAUCCAGUUCUGUUGGCACUUCUUCACUAUCGCUGCGAGGGUCAUCACCUUCGCCCUGUUUGCCUCUGUGUUCCAACUCUACUUUGGCAUCUUCAUUGUCCUGCACUGGUGCAUCAUGACCUUCUGGAUUGUCCACUGCGAGACAGACUUCUGCAUCAGCAAAUGGGAGGAGAUUGUGUUUGACAUGGUGGUGGGCAUAAUCUACAUCUUCACCUGGUUCAACGUCAAGGAGGGACGGACAAGGUGUCGGCUUUUCAUCUAUUACCUGGUGAUUCUGGUGGAGAACGCUGCUCUCAGUGCGUUGUGGUAUCUUUACCGGUCGCCUCACACCACGGACGCCUUUGCAGUGCCGGCACUCUGCGUCAUCUUCAGCAGUUUCCUCACCGGUGUGGUUUUCAUGCUCAUGUACUAUGCCUUUUUCCAUCCCAACGGGCCACGCUUUGGGCGCUCGCCAAGUGGCCAGGGUCUUGACCUAGAUCCCACUGCUCAGUUCUCCACGCUACCAUCUGAAGGUGCCACCAACUCACUACGUUCCAACCGAGGUACCACCGCAACCCUGGAGCGUGACGUGGGAAAGUAUUCUGAGCGGGACGGCUGCAUGCCAGUUUUUCAGGUCCGACCUACAGUGCCAUCUACGCCAUCAUCUCGUGCUCCGCGCCUCGAUGAGACCGUCAUCAAGAUCGACCUUUGUAGGAACCGCUACCCAGCCUGGGAGCGCCAUGUCCUCGACCGCAGUAUACGCAAGGCAAUCCUGGCCAUAGACUGCUCGCUGACCCCUCCACGGCUGCAGUACAAAGAUGACGCUCUAGUGCAGGAGAGGCUGGAAUAUGAGACCACAUUAUAGUUCCACCCUGCUCUCAGAACUCAUAGAGGGGUGCAGUCGUCAGAGGAUUAUCCUGCUAUAACAUAAUCAGCAACAGGGACUGUGGCAAUAAAUAAAUUGUUACUAGCAGCAAUUCAACUUUUCAUCUCUCAUUACUCUCUUUCUGUUUCUAUUCCUCGGCAUCAGUGCCCACCCAGGAAAAUUCAGCCCUGUUGGUAGUGAUCGGAGGAACAAUUUGGCACAAGUGCAGUUGAUGU